AUGCGGCACCCCGCUGGGGAGCCCCGCGCCUGGCACGGCGGCCCCGCGAGAAGGACCUCGCGAGGCCCUGCCGAGGAACUCAGCGCCGCGAAGCGGGCGGCCGUCGCGAGGUUCGCGGGCUCCGUGGACUUCGCGCGGACGGCGCCGUCGUGGCGCGAGGGCCUGCGAGAUUUCAUCUCGGCGCCCCUGGGCCAGGGCCCGAAGGGGGCCAGCGGCCCAGCGGGCGCGGUGGCUGAGCCAGGCGCGGAGCUGGCGAGCCCGGAGCUCCUGCAGCAGCGCGCCGUCCACUGGGUGUCACAGAGCAUGCGGCUAAUGCAGGACCUCGGUUGCGGGCUAGCCAGCGUCCCGCCCCCGACGGUGAGGGUGGACGAGUCGGAGGCGCGUCCCGCCAUGGCGUGCUAUAGGCACCACGACUACAGCAUCACCUUCGGCUGGAGCGGGCAGCCCUGGAGGGAGGAUGUCGUCCAGCUGGUGUCGGCGCACGAGGCGUGGCACGCGGCGCAGCACCUCCGGUGGGGAGCGCUGCAUGGGGACGGGCAGGCCGCGCACAGGGUCUGCGAGGGCAGCGCGGUGCUGUUCACGGCCUUCUGCGCCUGCUGCCGCGGCUGGGGCCCGGUGCUGCCCGUGCUCCUGGACUACCUCCGCGGCAAGGCCGCCCAGGCCGUCGCCCAGGCUCACGUGGAGGAGGGGGCGUGGACCGCGGAGGGCGCCGCCGCGUUCGCGGCCAGGUUCUCGCUCCGGUGCCCCCUGGGGAGGUGGUCCACGGCGGACGAGGCCCGGGCCUACCUGGAGGGGGCGGCGGUGCUCGCCGACGCCCUCGACCAGGAUGAGCUCAGCCCUGCCGAGCGGCUGGUGGCGCUGCUGGCCUCGCCGCUGACGCAGGCCCAGGGCGGCCAGCUCCUGCACAGAAUCUGCGGCGCCGUGGGCCGCGCCCAGUGGGACCCGCAGGCGCCCGCGUGGCCCACCGACGCCGGGGCGCCCACCGCGAGGGCGCUGCGGCUCCUGCGCGACAUCUUCUGCGUGCGCCGCGGCGGCGCCGCGAGGGCCGGGCCGGCGCCGCUGAGCCUCGCCGCGGGGCAGCAGGCGCGGCUGGGCGGCGGCCACACGGUGGAUCGGAGCGCGGCGGUGCUACAGGGCACGGCGGAGUGCGGCGGCGCGGGGGAGCAGGCCUGCGACCACUGGGUGGCGAAGCGCGGGGGCGCGCAUGGCGCCCGCCGCAGGGUGCAGGUGCAGCUGCCGCGCCUCGCCCCGUGCCGGCGCUGA